AUGGGUCUCUUACUACCAACGAAAGGCUCUGAUUCCUCCAGACAUGUAACUAAUCCGCCUUUAUCUGAACAGCCUGCUCACAACGGAAUUCAACAUCCUACCCCUAAGACUUAUGGUGCCACGGACGAGAGUAGCACCCCAGUGGUAAGCAUCACUAGCACUCGAGCUGUACGUGUUGCAACUACUCUGUCACCUAUUCAAUUUGAACACAUCCGGGUUUACACACCUACGGGUGUGCAUGAUGGUGUACUCCAACGAGAAUCAAUAGUGCUGCAACCUCUCCCAAUAAGCCUCCCUACAGCACCACAGCGAGACGAUAACCGGCGUCCUGGCGGACUCCAGGUCAUCCAAGAGUGUCCUCAAACCGUAGUUUCAACAACACAGUCGCAAACGCUUAAGGAAUCUACCGUGCGUAUGCAACGCAUUGAUCAGUGGAAAUACAUGAUGGUGGAACUCGAACAACGAGCCAAACAGCACGAAGAAGAAAUCAAGAUAAGUAUGAACCUCUUCUGUACACACCUAUCCCAAAUCCAACCUUCACCCAAGUACGAGCCCCUCAUAGACGCUCUCCAUCGUCUCAGAUCCCCAAUCCCCAACCCCUAUACCAUCUACACCAACCAAGGCCUCUUCCGCUUGAUAACCAUAGGAGUUCUCUCCCUAAGAUACCAAAAAGUCUGGAAGCGGAUCCCCAACUCCGCACGCCCUCCCUUCUUCCUCGAUGCUCCAAAUGGUCUCACUCAGGCGCAAUGCACAUACUUCGGCCUCCAUCUAUCCCGAUGCCAAAGAUCCAUUCAAAACGACUUCCUGCUCAAUAACUUAUAUGCAGUGUUCCAGAAAGGUAUUUGGAAGAGAUAUAAGGGCGCGAUGAGGAAGCUCCAGAGGUUGAAGAAGACGAAGGAUGUGGAUUAUACUUGUUUUGAGGACUUUAGAGACGCGUGGACAAAUUUUGCUUAUUCUAGGUUGAGGGGUUCGUUGUUGAGGAUUUUGGCGGUGCUAGCAGGUGUUGCAGUUAGGGAGUUAGAGGAGGAAGGUCUUGUGUGCAAGACUGAGUCCUUGCACCACGUCUGUCAGCUGCAUCCCCUCCUUCAACCUGGCUUCGUCAUCUACAACCCGCAAUACCCAGGACUGAAAGUCCCUAGGAUUGUCGUCUUCGAUGAUAAAGAUGACCUUACUAGCGAUCCCAUGGAGCAAUUGACCGUCAUGUACAACCUCGCCCGACAUCUUUUCUCGCUCGCACCAGAGGAAGAACAUCAUGAACUCACAGUCCUCCUGCAACACCCCGCUUCCUUCCACAACACUCACGUCCGCAUCUUCCACGUUCACUUCCACUCCUCCUGGAUCAAGUCCUUGCGAUCCACCACUCCGCGCCACCGUCCUUCACCUCCUUUCAAUGGAUCCUGCAUCGUUAACGGCAGAUGCGUAAUCACGCAUUCGAACUGGAUGAGUCUGGGAAUACAUAAAGUGGGGAGGUGUGGGGAAAGGGAUGAGAAGUAUCUUGGGGUUAAGUGUGGGAGUGAGGAGUUUGAGAUUUGUAGCCAAAAAAGGGGCGGGGAUGAGGGGGAGGGGGAGGAAGAGUGUGUAAUGGCGGUUGUAGGGGUGUUGGCGGUGCUGUUGGAGCCAUUUCAAGAGUGGUUGAGAAGGAGGUGGGGGGGUGGAGGGGGAGGGGAAGAGGGGGGUUGGGUUGGAGCUGGGGCUGGGAAUGCGCUGGUUAGGUGGUCGGAUUGGGAGGAGCAUCUGAGGGCUUUGGAGAGGGAUAGGAUGGAGAUGGAGACGGAGAAGGCGAUUGAGGUAGGGGAGGAGACAAUGGAAACAGCAGAGGCGAGAAAUGAUGAACAGAACAAGAAGGAGGAAUAUAACGACGAUGGGAAGGACGAACAGAACGAUGAAGAGCAGGAAUCAGCCUACGAUGCCAAUGAUGGGGCAUGA